AGCGGUUCUGGUUCAAAGAAUUUGUGUCUGUUGAUACUUGUCGAGCGGCGUUCUGAUUGGGAGCGCCUCGGGAUCAGGUCGAUAUGUUCCACUUAUGGCUCCCUCUGCGACAAGCGUUUCGCGCGGUUCCUCCACCGCCUCUUCGGACGAAAGGCAGCCAUGGCACGGCUACACAGUCGAGUGGAAGGCGACGUCCCCUCACGUCAUGGACGAGGUCGAGAUGCUGGCGGCAGCAUCGACGUGCACGUUCCGAGUCUGUCCCAGCCCUUGUGGACGCCCGUCCUUGCUCCAGCCCGUCUGCCCCGGGGUCGCUGCAGCAGGAGAGACCAGGCGGCAGUGCCAGACGCAGCGCAAGAAGCACCAGAGGCGCGUGAAGAAGGUGCUGCGGCGCGCACUUGCCGACGAGCCACGCGAGGGCGUCGUGAGGCUCUGAGGACGUCAUAGCCUUCCCCCGUCCUCCUUUCCUGUAUCUAUGCAGGCGUCCAUCCUCGUUCUCCUCCUCCUCCUCCUCCUCCU